UCAUGAAUCUAAAUCAUGAAAAGCUGCAGUUCUUCGGAAUCUAUGAAAUUCUCAAAGAAACCAUCACAUUGAUCUUCACACCCACAACAAUCUUCGCCCAAAUCGCUCUCGCUUUCCUUCUCCCUCUCUCUCUCCUAAUCUUCACCAAAUCCACCCAUUCUCCGCCCUUCAAUUCGCUUCGUAGUUUCUUCUCCGCCAUCUUCUUCUUCCUCUCCACCUCCGCCGCCGUCUACGCCGCCGCCUGCCUUCACGCCGAUCACGACGUCUCUUUCCGACAAGUGAUCGCCGCCUCGCCCAAGGUUUGCAAGCGACAUUUCAUCACUUUCCUCUGUCUUCUCGCGGACUUCUUAGCCUUCAAUUUCUUCGCUGUUUCCGCGAUUCUACUGAUUUUCGUGAUAUCUUUUCUUCUCAACUAUGAACGAUUUGAAAGUUUCAAGGCAGCUCUGAUUCUGUUCUUGUCUGCGGCGGCCGUUUAUUUUGCCCUAAUUUGGCAAAUCGCGAGCGUUGUCUCUGUUUUUGAAACAGAGUCGUACGGAUUCGAAGCCAUUGCUAGAAGUAAGGAGCUGAUUGAGGGGAAAAUGGCGAUAGGUUAUUUGCCGGUGGAGUUGAAGGUUGAAGACGAUGAUGACUACGAAAAACCUUCGACGGGACACGAUACCGUUUAAGAUAUGGGCUAACGGUAACGCAAGUCAACAUGUGGUUCUUACCGAAUGGUCGGGUGGUUUCGUUUGGUUUGGUCUAGUCUGGUCCGGUUUGGUUUUUAGAUUCAGUUGUUGUAGUAUGUGUACUACAAGAGUUUAUUCCUUGAUCGAGAGAGAUAUGAUGACUAAAAAAAACCUUAAGAAGGACAAGAUACCGUAGCUGUAAAACAAAUAAAAAAUGUUAGUUCGUUGGGUUUGGUUUGGUCGGGUUUGGUUUUUAGAUUC